CUCUGUUAUUUUCCAUAGAGCUCGACUCAACGUUUGACUCUAUUGUCUAUGACAUUCCGAAUUGACAAUCAAUCAUGGCGAGCACAUCGAGAAUGGAGGCUAACAAAGUGGUGUGCUAUGCUCACCCAGACGCACCACUUAUUGAGGAUUAUAGAGCUGGUGACAUGAUCUGCUCGGAAUGUGGUCUUGUAGUAGGAGACAGGGUUAUAGAUGUCGGAUCAGAAUGGCGAACUUUCAGCAAUGAGAAGUCUGGUGUGGAUCCAUCUCGUGUUGGUGGUCCUGAAAACCCCUUACUUUCCGGUGGCGAUUUGUCCACUAUCAUAGGACCUGGUCGGGGUGAUGCUUCAUUUGAUAGUUUUGGUGUGUCCAAGUAUCAGAACAGACGAAACAUUAGUAGUAAUGACAGAGCACUUAUUAAUGCAUUCCGAGAAAUAAACACAAUGGCCGACCGAAUAAAUCUGCCUAAAACUAUUGUGGACAGAGCUAAUAAUUUGUUUAAACAGGUCCAUGAUGGUAAAAAUUUAAAAGGCAGAGCAAACGACGCUAUUGCAUCUGCCUGUCUCUAUAUUGCGUGUAGACAGGAAGGUGUACCGCGUACAUUCAAAGAAAUCUGUGCAGUCAGCAAAAUAAGUAAAAGAGAAAUUGGAAGGUGUUUCAAACUCAUUCUUAAAGCACUCGAAACUUCAGUGGAACUUAUCACUACGGCUGAUUUCAUGUCUCGGUUCUGUUCGAACCUUGGCUUGCCGAACUCAGUGCAACGUGCGGCUACACAUAUUGCUCGGAAAGCUGGUGAAUUGGAUAUCGUCUCUGGUCGGAGUCCGAUAUCUGUGGCUGCGGCUGCUAUAUAUAUGGCGUCACAGGCAUCAGAUGAUAAGCGUAGUCAGAAAGAAAUAGGAGACAUCGCCGGUGUGGCUGAUGUAACAAUCCGACAGUCGUACAAGCUGAUGUAUCCGUUUGCUGUCAAAUUGUUCCCCGAAGACUUCAAGUUCGCAACACCAAUUGAGUUCCUGCCACAAAUGUGAAAUCCACUUAGUUCCAGUUAAGUUUAACUUGUAAGUUUAUUGUUAUCUUUGCAAAUCUGUAAUUGUUGUGCCAGUGGUUCCUAAAUUACUUAUUGUAACUUUAGUAUUUACGAAUAUUUCGAUUUUUAAAUGACUAAAAAGAGCCCUACUGCUUAGGCUAUUUUCACGCUAUUGAACUUAAAGGGUGAAUAUAUUGGUAAAAAUUACUCUGUGAGAAAGAGUAAUCAUGGUUGCCAUGGUUACUUUAAUUCUCAACCAGAAGUAAGGAAUUUGUCAUUUGAGCAUUUACAUUUUGAUAUUUGCAAUUGAAUUUUUUACAUAUGUAAACUAUAAAAUAAUAUUUUCAUUAUAACAUGGGUAUGAACAAUGAAAUUUUAAUAAUUUAAUUUCAUUUUCAAUUUAAAAGACUAGCCAGUCCAAAAAUUGACUGAUUUUAAAUACUGCAGUGUCAUUUAAUUUGUUUUUUUCUUAUGUAUUUAGUUUUUUAACUUAUGUUUUUUACUUUGGGUACCACUGGCCAUACAAUGUUCAAUAGGUUACGGCUAUGGGUAAUAUACAAUUUACAUAUCUUAUUUUAAUAACAGUUUACAUAGCUUGAAUGUAUGACUAAGAAAUUACCAAUUUGUAUAUUAUGAACACUAAAAUAGUAAUAAAAAAUAUUGAGGUGGGAAUACAUAUCCCAGUUAGCAAUUGCAUUUCACUGGUACAGGAGACCCUCGAUAACUUAAACCUCGGUAACUUCAAAAAAUAAUAUGUCCCCUUCCCAUCAGAGUCCAAAACCUCUAUAACAUAGACCCUUGAUAACUUAAAAUAUUUCGUGUUUCCCUUGGACUUUAACUUAUAGAGGUUCUACUGUAUAAGCAACUGAUUUCUGCCAGUAACUGGCAUGUGAAACUUUACUGGCUUUACUAUGUGUGUUCCCACCCUUUGUGUAUGUGAAUGUAAAAAUAUAUGUUGCAUGUUUUGAAUAUUAUAAAAUGUAAUCAUGUAAUAAAUAAAUAUAGUCUGAACACAAAAAACUAUAUAAAAUGUACCGAUUAGAUGUUACCAAUAUAUCUGCAUUUUGUAUUAUUUACCACUGUAUUAUUGUUUUAUUAAAGUUUGAAGUAGAUCUCCUGAUUUUCGGUAUUAAUAUAAACUUUGUCAAAUAUAUAAUGAAUGUAAAAAUGUUAGAAAGUAAUAAAACAAGGCUCAAAACGACCAAACUAUAGUGAAAUUUACUCGAAAUUGUUAAUUUACUGUGAUGACAAAGGUCCAUAUUCUGUUUUGACGACUUAUUUCUAAUAAACUAAAAUUUAUCAAC